AUGACACCAUUUGAGGCACUGUUUGGACAAAGGUGUAGGACACAUUUGUGUUGGCAUGAAUUUGGUGAGAAUGUACUGCUUGGACCUGAUAUUGUCGAGCAGACUACUAAGAAGGUGAAGUUAAUUCAAGAAAAGAUGAAAGCUUCAAAAAGUAGGAAAAAGGGUUACCAUGAUAGGAGAAGGAAGAAUCUUGAGUUUCAAGAGGGGGACCAAGCAUUCUUGAGAGUCACUCCAGUGACCGGUGUCGGGCGUGCUUUGAAAUCGAGAAAGCUUACUCCUCGAUUUAUCGGUCCAUAUCAGAUUUCUCAGAGAGUUAGAGUUGUCGCUUAUAUGGUGGCUUUGCAACCUAAUCUGUCGAAUAUGCACGAUGUGAUCCAUGUCUCACAACUUCAAAAGUAUGUUCUAGAUCCGUCUCAUGUGACUUUGAUGGACGAUGUGCAAGUAAGGGAUAAUCUUACCUUUGAAGCUUUAUCGGUGAGGACCGAAGACCUUGAAUUAAAUAAGUUGAGAGGUAAGGAUAUUUCCCUCGUGAGGGUAGUGUGGGAAGGCACUACCGAAGGGAACAUGACGUGA